GGUCCUUAAGUGGGCUGCGGCUUACUCUUCUGGUUCAUAGACAUCUUUGACUCUGUUGCUUCUCCUCGUAACAGAGAGUGUUUUGUUUUGGUUAGAACUGGAAAUGGCAGGAGCAACAGUGAAGAGGAUAAAGCUUGGAUCGCAAGGACUAGAGGUAUCAGCUCAAGGACUUGGCUGUAUGAGCAUGUCCGGCGGCUACGGCCCUCCAAAGCCUGAAUCGGACAUGAUCGCUCUCAUCCACCACGCCAUUAACACAGGCGUCACUUUCCUCGACACCUCCAAUGUCUAUGGACCGCUCACCAAUGAGAUUCUUCUCGGCAAGGCUCUGAAAGGAGGGAUGAGAGAGAGAGUGCAGUUGGCCACCAAAUUUGGCAUAAUCUUUAAGGACGGAAAGGUGGAGCUUCGAGGAGAUCCUGCAUAUGUAAGGGCUUCUUGUGAGGACAGCUUGAAGCGGCUCGAUGUUGAUUGUAUUGAUCUUUAUUACCAGCAUCGCAUUGAUACCUCCAUUCCUAUUGAAGUCACGAUGGGGGAACUCAAGAAACUAGUUGAGGAGGGUAAAAUAAAGUAUGUAGGUCUAUCUGAGGCUUCUGCUUCAACAAUCAGACGAGCUCAUGCUGUCCACCCAAUAACAGCUGUGCAGUUGGAGUGGUCCUUAUGGUCAAGAGAUGUGGAGGAAGAUAUUGUUCCUACUUGCAGAGAACUUGGCAUUGGUAUCGUCGCAUACAGUCCCCUGGGACGAGGAUUCUUUUCGUCUGAGCCUAAUUUGGUUCAAAACCUUGCAGAGGGUGACUUUAGAAAGGUUCUACCUAGAUUCCAAGCUGAAAAUCUGGAGCACAACAAAAAACUUUUAGAGCGUGUUAGUGAAAUUGCAGCAAGGAAACAAUGCACCACAUCACAACUUGCACUGGCUUGGGUCCAUCACCAAGGAGAUGAUGUCUGUCCAAUUCCCGGAACUACCAAGAUAGAAAACUUCAACCAGAAUGUUGGAGCUUUGUCUGUUAAACUCACGCAGGAAGACAUGGCCGAACUUGAAUCCAUUGCUUCUGCUGAUGCUGUAAAAGGUGAAAGAUACUUCAGCAACUUUCCAACAUACAAGGAAUCUAGCACUCCACCACUAUCCUCAUGGAAAGCAGCAUAAAAAGCAUGCCUUUGAGCCUGGUGUUUUUUUAUUUCCUUGUAUUUGCUUGUUGUCUUUGAAGUUUCAUAUAGUAUGAAGGAAUAAAUCUCUACUUAAUUAAUAAAAUAUUUCAUGAUUUUGAAUUUGGAUUGGAGUUCAAAGUGUAAAAUCAUAAAGAAAUACAUAUGAUGCUUGAUUCCA